AUGGAUGUGUUUAAGAAACGGUUGUUGGGGAUUUCCGUGGCCGUUGCGCACGGCGUCUUCUCCGGCUCUCUGAACAUCUUGCUGAAGUUCCUCAUCAGUACUUAUCACUUCAACUUCCUGACGCUCAUCCAGCUGCUGACGAGCAGCACGGCGGCUCUCACCCUGGAGACCCUCCGGCGGCUGGGGAAGAUCGACAUCCCCCCGUUCAGCCUGCAGCUAUCCAAGGAGUUUGGCUCGGUGUGUAUCCUCUCCACGCUGCAGUCCACCCUCACCCUGUGGUCUCUGCGUGGCCUCAGCCUGCCCAUGUACGUCGUGUUCAAGCGCUGCCUGCCACUCUUCACGCUCAUCAUCGGUGUGUGCGUGCUGAGGAAUGGCGUGCCGUCCAUCGGCGUGGUGACCGCUGUGAUCAUCACCACCGCCGGAGCCGCACUGGCCGGUGCUGGCGAUCUCACUGGCGAUCCCUUCGGUUAUGUCACCGGCGUGCUGGCGGUCAUCAUUCACGCCUCCUACCUGGUCCUGAUCCAGAAAACCAGCGUGGACAGCGAGCACGGGCCGCUCACAGCACAGUACGCCAUCGCUGUCAUGGCCUCACCGGUGCUUCUGGUGUGCUCCAUCAUCUCCAUGGACACCAUCAACAUGUGGACGUACGAGGGCUGGAAGGACCCCCACAUCACGGUCAUCUUCGUCUUCUGUGUCUUCAUCGGCUGCGCCAUGAACUUCACCACGCUGCACUGCACCUACAUCAACUCCGCCGUCACCACCAGCUUCGUUGGCGUUGUCAAGAGCAUCGCCACCAUCACUGUCGGCAUGCUGGCAUUCAACGACGUUGCGCCGACCGGGUUGUUCAUUGGCGGCGUGGUGGUCAACACCGUUGGCUCCAUCACCUACUGCGUGGUCAAAUACUUUGAGACGAAGAAGAAGAGCUUGUACGACGACCUGGAGGAGGCUGGGAAGGAUGGUGCGCUACCUGGUGAGCCGUACCGAGAGAAACCGCCGCUGAACGGUGAUGGACCCACUGCUGGCUCUGAUCCAGGAAAGCCAGAGAUGGAGGGAGUGUUGAGCAGUGAUGGGAAGGAGGAGGCAGCGCCAACUGGAUUGCCCAACGGAGAGGUGUGGACAGGAGAUGGUGGAAAAGGAGAGGCAGGCGUGAACUCCCGCGUCAUGACGGAAAAGGAGGUGUUGGAGAUGCAGAGGGAGCACCUCCAAAGGGAGAACACCACCUCCAGUCCGCCAGUUAGUGACAGCUAUGUCGGUGUGUGGAGAUCCAUCAGACAUCUGCAGUUCAUGAAGAAAGACCCUUUGAUUGAAAACAUGGAGCAGCAGAGUCCGUAG